AUGCCGAAGCUGAACGAGGAUCUAAACGAGCUAAACGAGCUAAACGAAGAAGACGACCCAGUCGUAGCUCAGCCUCAUGCGUUACGGUUCUGCCUGGUCAAUGUCCCUGAAGCCCGCCUGGUCGAGACUGAUGGUGUCCAAAUUCCGGAGUACGCAGCGUUGAGCUAUGUUUGGGGCAAAUCGGACGAAGAGAUUAUAACAACGACUGAGAAUUUUGAGGUCCUGAAAACACCCGGUCGGUUUCGCGAGAAGGAUCUACCUGUUCUCUUCCAAGACGCUUUCCAGGUCUGCUCUCAGUUUGGAAUCGAUCACUUCUGGAUUGACAGAAUCUGCGUGGUCCAAAAUGAUGAGGCGAGGAAAUCGGCUCAGCUUGAAGCUAUGGGAUGGAUUUACUCCAAAGCGAGCUUCACCAUUGUCUCCUUUGAGCUAGGGUACAUAAGUGAAGGUUUACCCGGUUUCUCGCAACCCAGAACACCGCCUGUAUAUCUCUACGUUGGCGAGAAGAUUUUAAUUGUAAAACUUUCAAACAAUAUCUAUAACCCUCUCUUCUCUGUCACAAGUCCAUCCACACCCCUUGCCACCGGCAGGAAUAUCGUCUGGACACGUGCAUUUCUCGAAUGUGUGGCGGUAGCACGGAAGUUCUUUCAAGCUUUCACAUCCGUCAUGGAUGGCUUCAGAAAACGUUCCAACUCUUAG